AUGAGCUCUCGUCCAGAAUAUGACGCCUACCGAUCUUUUGUAGAUUGCUUCUCCGCUGCCCUCUCUCAGCAGGGAAACUCUCCCCGCCAAGUGUCGUCUAUGGGCUUUGGAGCCCUAGCCAUCACCGAUGGCUCGCCUUCUGCUGUUGCAGCUUCCGCUGCAGUUCCUUCUGCCACCGCGUCCCCCGUUGCGGUUACGACCCCUCUCUCCUCUGGCCAACAGGAGGUCAGACCUGCUCCUGUUGGCCUUUCACACACGUCAGGCCGUACUGCCACUGUGGUAGAAAUCGAUGAUGAUGAGGAGAUGGAUGGUGAUGAGGAGGUGGUUGGUGAUCGUCGUGGUGAAGAGACGGGUGUGUUGGUUGAUGAUGGUGAGACGGGUAGUGCAGGUGAUGAUGAUGAGAUGGGUGAGGAGGAAGACGAGUCGUUUGACAUCGAUCUUGGUGACGAGGAGUUGUUCGAGGAUAGGGAUGCCGUCCGCGGCACCGAAGGAUCUCCCGAGCUCUGUGUGAAGAUACUGGGCUCCAACGGUAGGAAGCGAUUAGCCUACAUGGAGAAGCUCGCCGAAGCUGAAUUGUUUCCCUCCCCUUCCCAUGAGCCAGGGAGUGCUCGCAAGGCGUGGUUGCGAGAACAGGAUAGGCUAUGGAAGUUGUUUAUCGAUGACAGGGAGCGAUGGGAGGUCGCCAGUAUCGAUGAAUCGUGUGAUAGAUGUCGCCGUGAAAUUAUCACGUAUGGGAGAGCGAAGUGGCCGUGUCUACGACCGGUCAAACCUCAUAAUCACGGGUCCCGUUGUGCUUCUUGCACUUCUGGGCCCUGUUCCUUCUGUCCCCCCAACUCCGCUCAGGACAUUCCUUCUAGAUCUUCUGCUCCUCUCGGUCCUUCAUACACUCCGUCCACCGCUGUCCGUCGCCGUCUCCCCACAGCCCAGGACGGGGACUAUCCUUCGCGUUCUCCUUCGGCGAACUUCUCCUCUCCCGGCCUUACCUCGCCGUCACCCGCCGCCCGUCGCCCGCCUACCUCUCCUGUGGCCGGGCCGUCUGGUCUCCCUGCCACUCCUUCGGCAGGUUUGUCUCGUCGCGCACCUCGUCGUGCCCCUUCUGCGCCCCUCCAGCCCUCAACUCCUGUGGCUGGCCCAUCUUGUCUCCCGGCUACUCCUUCUGUCGAGGAUUCCCCUCUAAGUCUCCCUCCUGCCCUUGGGACCCGAAGCCGUCAACCAUCUGUCCCUCCCGCUACUGGGCUCUCAACUCCUGCUCCUCCUGUGAAAUCCCCUCCUUCGAAAUCUUCAAAAGGGAAGGGUAAGAAGAAGGCCGUCCAAUUUGAGCCGGCAGUGGUGGAAAACGAAAGUACUCAGCUACCAGAGGAAAUCCCUCCUUCCCUCGACCACCCCACCAUUGCCUUCGACCCUCGGAUACCUGAGGAGGAGAAACAACUGGCUACCUUCCGCUCCGUCAUCAUUGGCUUGACCACGCAAUUACAAGCCAAUCGACGAGAUACGGCGAAGCUCGUCGAAUAUUGCGUGAAGUUAGUCUCCGCGAUGAAUACUCUCUCCCGGACAAUGGCCACCCUUGUGAACUCCUCCGAUAUAGGCCCAUCAGCACGGACGGAGUUAGCUAGAGUCUCCCGGGAGCUCACAACGGAUAUGAACGACUUCUACCGCAAUCUCUUCGACUCUCCCUUCCUCCUGAACCCUACCGAAUAUAUUCUCCCCCCCACACUGGACUGGUUUAAAACGUUGUGGAAGUUACCUAGUCUGAACCUCGCUCGUGAUCCUGCUCUCCACACUGCUCACAUUCUGGCAUUUAACACGGCAUGGAGGGAAACUCGGUCACUUCGACGGAUAGCACCAGCAAAGGUUACGGAGAAUAGUUCUGGAGGUGGUCCUGCGCCGGGGAACGGGGAACAAGGAGGAAGUUUGCAGCAGUGA